CACCCCCAUCCUCACCCCCUUCCUCAUCAUCACCCACAACAACAACAACCUCCACCAGCAAGAGCAACACCACCACAGCCCUCCACAGCCCAGAAGCCGCAAUGCAGACGUCAGAGACUGGGUCAGACACAGGUUCAACAGUGACUUUACAGACUUCUGUAGCUGGUCAAGCAGCCGUGCCCACGCAAGUGGUACAGCAGUUACCAGUGCAGCAACAGGUUCAGCAAGUGCAAACUGUACAACAAGUACAGCAUGUAUAUCCAGCUCAGGUGCAGUAUGUGGAGGGAAGUGACACAGUCUACACAAAUGGAGCUAUACGAACAACUACGUAUCCUUACUCAGAAACUCAGAUGUACAGCCAAAACACUGGGGGGAAUUACUUUGAUACCCAAGGAAGUUCUGCACAGGUGACAACAGUGGUCUCUUCUCAUAGUAUGGUGGGAACUGGAGGCAUUCAGAUGGGUGUCACUGGAGGACAGCUUAUCAGCAGCACUGGAGGUACCUACCUGAUUGGCAAUUCAAUGGAAAAUUCAGGCCAUUCAGUGACUCACACAACACGAGCCUCCCCAGCUACAAUUGAAAUGGCGAUUGAGACACUACAAAAGUCUGAUGGUCUGUCCACUCACAGAAGCUCUCUUCUCAACAGCCAUCUCCAGUGGCUUUUAGACAACUAUGAAACGGCAGAAGGAGUGAGUCUGCCCAGAAGCACCCUCUACAACCAUUACUUGAGACACUGUCAAGAGCAUAAAUUGGACCCAGUCAAUGCUGCUUCUUUUGGAAAGCUAAUAAGGUCAAUUUUCAUGGGCCUACGGACCAGGAGAUUGGGAACCAGGGGGAACUCCAAAUAUCAUUACUAUGGGAUUCGUGUCAAGCCAGACUCUCCUCUUAAUCGUCUACAAGAGGACAUGCAAUAUAUGGCUAUGAGACAGCAACCCAUGCAGCAGAAACAAAGGUACAAGCCUAUGCAGAAGGUGGAUGGAGUCACAGAUGGUUUCACAGCAAGUGGACAGCAGACAGGUGCAUCUGUUGAACAAACUGUAAUUGCUCAAAGUCAGCAUCAUCAACAGUUUUUGGAUGCAUCUCGAGCACUUCCAGAGUUUGGAGAAGUUGAAAUAUCUUCUCUGCCAGAUGGUACUACUUUUGAGGAUAUCAAGUCAUUGCAGAGUCUCUAUCGAGAGCACUGUGAGGCUAUAUUGGAUGUUGUAGUGAACCUUCAGUUUAGCCUAAUAGAAAAAUUGUGGCAAACUUUCUGGCGCUAUUCUCCCUCAACAACAACCGAUGGCACUAUUACUGAACCAAGCAAUCUGAGUGAAAUAGAAAGUCGACUUCCGAAAGCAAAGCUGAUUACUCUGUGCAAAAAUGAGUCAAUUCUGAAAUGGAUGUGUAACUGUGACCAUGUGAUGUACCAGGCUUUGGUGGAGAUUCUCAUUCCUGACGUCCUUAGACCUAUUCCUAGUGCCUUGACCCAAGCCAUUCGCAAUUUUGCAAAAAGCCUUGAAGGUUGGCUUUCCAAUGCCAUGAACAAUAUUCCACAGAGAAUGAUUCAAACCAAGGUUGCCGCUGUAAGUGCCUUUGCUCAGACUCUGCGAAGAUACACAUCUCUUAAUCACCUGGCUCAGGCGGCUCGUGCUGUGCUGCAGAAUACUUCUCAAAUCAACCAGAUGCUCAAUGACCUCAACCGUGUUGAUUUUGCCAAUGUCCAGGAGCAGGCUUCCUGGGUGUGCCAGUGUGACGACAACAUGGUACAGAGGUUGGAAACAGAUUUCAAGAUGACUCUUCAGCAGCAGAGCACUCUGGAGCAGUGGGCUGCCUGGCUUGAUAAUGUAAUGAUGCAAGCACUGAAACCAUAUGAAGGAAGACCUAGUUUUCCUAAAGCAGCACGGCAGUUUCUUUUAAAGUGGUCCUUCUACAGCUCAAUGGUUAUUCGAGAUUUAACUUUGCGCAGUGCUGCUAGCUUUGGUUCUUUUCAUCUGAUCCGUCUGUUAUAUGAUGAAUACAUGUUUUACUUGGUAGAACAUCGUGUUGCUCAAGCCACAGGAGAGACACCUAUUGCAGUCAUGGGAGAGUUUGGUGAUUUAAAUGCUGUGUCCCCUGGAAAUAUGGACAAAGAUGAAGGCAGUGAAGUUGAAAGCGAAAUAGAUGAAGAGCUGGAUGAAUCUGGAGAGCCACAAGCAAAGAGAGAGAAGACUGAAAUAAACCAGGCCUUUCAGGUGGGCUGCCUACAGCCGGUACUCGAGAGUGGAGUACAGCAGAGCCUCCUGAAUCCUCUUCACAAUGAACACAUUGUUACAGCUACUCAAACUAUAAGACAGUGCAGUGCUACUGGAAAUACAUAUACUGCAGUCUAA